AAUAAUUAUGUUUUUUGUGGUUUUACGUGUUCCCUUCUUCAGGGGUAUUUAUUCUUUUUGCUUGGGAAAGUCCAGAACGGCCUACUGAUGUGAAGAAUGGUUUUGUGUUGCACCAAUUUCUGCAAGUCAGUGUUGUGACAUUAAUACCGUGACACUUGUCACGGUGUUUGCACAAACUGGAACCAGUGCUUCUCCGUGCGACGCUCCUGCCGCUCGUGGGAGUUGAAUGGCCUUGAAUGGAAAGCGGAAAGCUAGCUUUGCAAAUCUUUAAUUGGAAAGAUCGGGCUUGCCCAGAACUACAACCCACGCUUUUUAGUUUGUAUUUAACAUAAAGCUGACUACAGUUGUUUGUGUGGUCACUAGAUUUGCUAUAAAGAGAGAGGUGCACAGAGUGAAGUUUCACAAAGUACAUCGUGCUUCAGAGUUGAGUUCCAAAGAAGUAAGCUCAAUUCAACCAAGCCGUUUCUAACAAACGAUGUCUCUGCGAACUCGCCUUCUAAGAAAACAGUCUUCUCUAGCCAUUCUGGUGGAGCAAGAACGAGAAACUUGCGAAUCUGCAAGCCGUCCAGCAUCCGAGGCUGAUCUAACUGAAGAUGACCCUCAUGAGAUGGACGAUCUUGAAGAAGACAUCGCACCAGAGGAAUUGUCAAACUUGCCGGACGAAGAAGCUUUUCUUGACGACAAAGGCGACAGUGAUUCCGAAGGAGGCGAUACAGAUGUGCCACUUUCCAGUGAAGACGAAAAUGAACCUGUGGAAGUUUCAGUUGGUCCAGCAAUGAAUAAGAGGUCGUUCUCCGCGUUCGUUCGCGAAGGACAAGCGCGCGCGACCGAAGAGGAUCCUCCAGUCAGGCUUUCUCGCCGGCUGAUGUCCAUGAAGAGACGUGGAGUGCUUCACGCACCGGUAGAACUGACUGAGGAGUUUGAGUUUUAUGCUGGUGACUUCUUAACUGUUCGCGGAGAGGAGGACGAUUUCUAUGUUUGUCGUGUGUUGGAAGAUGUCCCUGAAAGCGCGACCAGUUUCAACGUGGCUUGGUUCAACAGAGUCGAUGAAAAUGUGUACGAGGUUUCAUUUGAUGAUGUUUGCCACAUGGAUUCUGUCAUUACGCGAGUGGCCAUGUCAGAGGUGGAACCUGAAAAGUUUGCUAUCUCCAAACCACACAUUAAACAAACUAAAAAACUGUUAAAAGAAGCUUUGGCUGCUGAAAGAGGAGAAGAUGAUACCAUGGAAGAUGAAGAGUCUGAGAGUGAAGAGGACGCUGCGGAUGAGGAAGAAGAAGAUGAACCUCCUGCAAAAAGAACACGCAGAGGUUCCAGGUCUGCAUCCACUCCCUCCCCAGCAAAUAAAGGUAAGAGAGGGCAGAGGAAGAGUGUGACUACACCCCCAAAGAGCCCAGGCCGGAAGCGAAAACCUGCUGAGCCCAAGGCAAAGCAGGAGAGAAAGAAGAAGGCAGUUGCAGAGAAGAAAGAUAAACCAAGACGUGCAGGAGUGCUGAUUCCUAUUGAGAAUAUAGAGUUGCUUGAGAAAGAUCCAACAUUUGAAACCAGAGAUGAUGUUUCUUUGAUGCCUGUGAAACUGGCAAUCAGAGCAGUGUUACUAAAUGACAUGGAAAUGUUGAAGGGUGUUAUUGAUGACAGAGCAAACGUCUACACGGUUCACUGGCCCAGAAGUCCUGAUAUUCAGUUAUCAGCAUUACAUUAUGCACUCCUGAAUGAGAACCAUGAAGCCCUGAAACUUUUAUUGUCAGAGCUACACAAUAAUGCAUCUGCAUCACGUCGCUACAAUGAACCUACAGUUUCACUUGAUCGCAUGGAUACUGGAACAUAUAACUUUUACACCUUUGGUCACGCAGUGAGAGAGCUACACUCCAGCAGAGGAUCUAGAGAAGGAAAUAAUGCAUUCCUUUGUGAUAUAAAUGGAUUUCACAAGAAGGGCCAUCAUUCCUCACAUCUUUUGGAAUUCUGCUUCACGAAAGGAGUUCCACUUGAGACUGUAAAAAUACUUUUGAACGAGUUGAGUGUAGUGGAGAAAUCAACUCUCCAUGACCUAGAACAGACAGGUAUUAACAGUAUAUGGAAGGCUAUAAGACAUGGAAACAGAAAAGUGGCUGGCUACUUUGUUAGUAAGGGUGUGGACAAGUUUGGAUUUGGGUUCAACUUCCUGCAUAAAGAGGUACUGUUAAAUGACGAUGAAGACCUGUCAAACUUUAGAAGCCAGUCGGUGAAGAAGAAACCUGUGGAAAACAAAAUUAUCUUACCAAUUCAUUGUGCCUGUAUCAAUCCAAAUGGUGACUACCUCAAAGCUCUGUUAAACUCAGUACCAGAACAUAGCAUCCCAGACAAAGAUGGCUUCAAACCGAUGCAUUAUGCUGCUGCCUGUGAAGGUCCUGGCCCUCUAAAGGUGUUGCUGGCAAGGGGUGCCGACCCAAAUGACCCUGGACCAAAAGGUUUCACGCCUCUAAUGAUUGCUUGUAAGCAUGGGCGAGAUGAGAAUGUGAAAGAACUUGUAGCUAUUGAAGAUCAGAAUAUCGAUGAUAUGGAGGAUGAUCACGAAGAAAUCAAUAAGAAACCAAGAGUUGCCAUUGAUGUUAAGAAUAGGCACACCAAGGCAGCAAUUCACUAUGCUGCUAAACAUGGACACCUGAGCACCAUUAAGUUGCUAGUUGCAGCUGGUGCUAACAUAAAUCUUCAGACUGGCUCCUUCAGAGGAAAUGUUUCAGCCUUGAUGCUGGCAGCUGCUAAAGGGCAUCUGGAUGUUGUUAAAGCACUUGUUGAACUCAAGGCUUCACCUGACAAGAAAGGUAGAUCAUAACAAGCACAUGGUGUUUAAUCAAGAAACUGUGGCUGUAUCUAGAUGUGAUAAUAUUAAUCAUAUCAAUUUUGUAUCAUUAAGCUAUACACUUCCUACAUACAUGUAGUCUGAGGUACCAGUGAACGUUUGAGACAAUCAGGUCUGAUCCAGAAUAUGUAUUUCCAUUUUAUUGCAAUUUUUAACUUACCGGUACUCCUGGUGCCAUUUAUUUCUGUAUU